CAACUCGUCUGGGGAUAACGCAUCUUCCUUGGUUGACAUUAUUUCUGUUAUUUAUGCUCCUGAAAGGCGAGGAAUUAAAAAGUAAAUCGACAGAAUUGACAUGACAACUUCCGGUAACUCUAGCGUAUUCUUACCCGAUGUCAACGGUCGCCAAUCUUACUGUCCGAUGUUAUGACAUUGUGAGGAAUAUCUUCAGAGACAAGCAGAGUAAAUCAUGUCUGGAAGUUUUUACUUUGUCAUGGUUGGUCAUCAUGACAACCCGGUGUUCGAGAUGGAGUUCUUACCAUCGGGGAAGCCUGAAUCCAAGGACGACCACCGUCACUUAAACCAGUUUAUUGCACACGCAGCCCUGGAUUUGGUGGAUGAAAACAUGUGGCUGUCAAACAACAUGUACUUGAAAACUGUGGACAAGUUCAACGAGUGGUUUGUUUCCGCCUUUGUCACUGCAGGACAUAUAAGAUUCAUCAUGCUUCAUGACGUGCGGCAAGAAGAUGGAAUCAAGAACUUUUUUAAUGAUGUGUAUGAUUUAUACAUUAAGUUUGCGAUGAAUCCAUUCUAUGAGACCAACGCACCAAUCCGCUCCACAGCUUUUGAGAGGAAAGUGCAGUUCCUUGGAAAGAAACAUCUGCUUAGUUAAUUAUGUCACAUGCACAAUGAUCUAAAUGCAACAUGUUUCUUAAUGCAAUUUUGCUGUCUUGAUCGUGUCUUUUUUUUUUUUUUUUUUUUUUUUAAGUGUUUUGUGAAUUGCCAAAUGCACUGUACACACAAUUUGUCUAUAAAGCAUUUUUUUCUUCAUAAUCUA